CGCGGUGCAGCUGUCAUGGCGGAGGCAGCCUGGAGCACUGACACCGGAGAGGCCGUGUAUCGCUCCCGCGACCCCGUGCGCAACCUCCGUCUCCGAGUCCACCUGCAAAGAAUCACGUCUAGCAACUACCUCCAUUACCAGCCUGCUGCCCAGCCCGGGAAGGACCUCAUAGACUUGGCUACUUUUAGACCUCACCCAACUGCCAGUGGACACCGCCCGGAGGUAGAUGAAGAAGAGGAGGUCGUGAUUGGGUGGCAAGAGAAGCUCUUCAGCCAGUUUGAAGUAGAUCUGUACCAAAAUGAAGCAGCCUGUCAGAGCCCUUUGGAUCACCAGUACCGUCAAGAGAUUCUGAAGCUGGAGGAUUCAGAUGGCAGGAAGAACCGGCGAAUCUUUACCUACACUGACUCUGAUAGAUACACCAAUUUGGAGGAGCACUGUCAGAAAAUGACCACUGCAGCCAGCGAAAUGCCAUCGUUCUUGGUCGAGCGAAUGGCAAAUGUCAGGCGGCGACGGCAGGACAGGCGCGGGAUGGAGGGUGGCAUCCUCAAGUCACGAGUCGUCACCUGGGAACCCUCAGAAGAGUUCAUCAGGAACAACCAUGUCAUCAACACCCCUCUUCAGACAAUGUACAUCAUGGCAGACCUGGGGCCCUAUGGAAAGCUUGGCUAUAAGAAGUAUGAACAUGUCCUCUGUACGCUGAAGGUGGACAGCAAUGGUGUGAUCACAGUAAGACCGGACUUCACUGGCUCCAAAGGACCCUACAGAAUCGAGACAGAGGGGGAGAAGCAGGAGCUGUGGAAGUAUACGAUCGAAAACGUGUCCUCCCUUGCACAGCCUGAGGAAGAGGAGCGGGAGCAGCGUGUGUUCAAGGAUCUCUACGGCCGGCACAAGGAGUAUCUCAGCAGCCUCGUGGGCACUGACUUUGAGAUGACGGUACCAGGUGCCCUCCGACUCUUUGUAAAUGGAGAGGUAGUUUCAGCCCAAGGCUAUGAGUAUGACAAUCUCUACGUCCACUUCUUUGUGGAAUUGCCAACUACUAACUGGUCAAGCCCAGCAUUCCAGCAGCUCUCGGGAGUGACACAGACCUGUGCCACCAAGUCCCUGGGAAUGGAUAAUGUGGCUUACUUCUCCUACCCAUUCACGUUUGAGGCCUCCUUCCUCCACGAGGAUGAAUCUGCUGGUGCUCUCCCGGCGUGGCCUGUGCUCUACUGCGAGGUCCUGUCUCUGGACUUCUGGCAGAGGUAUCGCGUGGAAGGCUACGGGGCUGUGGUGCUGCCUGCCACUCCAGGCUCACAUACCCUGACGGUCCCCACAUGGAGGCCUCUGGAGCUAGGCCCGGUGGCUGAGCUGAGGAGGUUUUUCAUUGGCGGCUCUCUGGAGCUGGAGGACCUCUCCUACGUGCGGAUACCAGGAACCUUCAAGGGGGAGCGUCUGAGCCGCUUUGGACUCCGCACAGAGACCACAGGCAGUGUCACCUUCCGCCUGCACUGCCUGCAGCAGUCCAGGGCCUUCAUGGAGUCAAGUUCCCUCCGGAAGAGGAUGCGGAGUGUGUUGGACCGUCUGGAGGGAUUCAGCCAGCAAAGUUCCAUUCACAACGUGCUGGAGGCCUUCCGUCGAGCCCGGCGCCGCAUGCAGGAGGCCCGAGAAAGCCUUCCCCAGGACCUCGUGAGCCCCUCUGGAACUGUGGUCUCCUAGCUUGCUACAGCCCUGGCCCUCCGUGCACAAGGAUUAGAGUGAUAUCUAAGGCUGGGCCCUCCCACUUCUUCGUCUUUCUGAUUAGAGACCCUGCUGACCUGCUGAGGCCAGAAGAGCUGAGAAUCCUGGGCCAGCCAUCCUGCCUGGUCUUCAGCUGCUGUGUGGCAACAAAGCCGAAGACCCUGUCGCCCCCAUAUGGUCCCCGUCUUCAUGUCAGCCACUGCAAGUGACCAUCACAACAAGACAAGGCUUUUUGGUUUGAGACCAGUUUUGGGUGUAAGCCCAGAGUUAGUUCUGUCCUCGUCACAGCCUCCUUUCCGGCCUGUCUCAUGGUCUCAGUGGCAGAGAGCAGCAGUACCUCUUGCUCCACACCUGCUUUAUACAUGAAGGCCCGAGAAAGAAGGCAGACGAGAGAGACCUUACAUUCCUGGCCUGGGAGCCCAGCCUCCUCUUCCCAGGGUAGCCUCCCCCUCCUGGUGGGGGCUUGUUUCUGGAGUAAAUGAAGGCUGAAGGCAGUGCCCAGUCCUUUCUGCUAGCUGCCUGGUAUCUUUUAUUGCGUUUUUUGUACAUAAAAACUUUUUAU